CUCUCUCUCUCAGUUUUCAGACCUGGAGAAGGCCAUCAACACUCUGGUCACAAACUUCCACUCUGCUUCAGCUGAUAAAAGCUCUAUGCUUAAGGCAGAUGAAUUCAAGAGCCUCCUUUCCUCGCAGCUGCCUAACCUCGUCAAGACCGGAGGGUCAGACGCCGGGUUCGGGGAGGUGCUGAAGCAGAUGGGGGUGAAGGAUGGAGAAGGAAUCACCUUCAGACACUUCUGGACCCUGAUCCAAAAUGUGGCUACGUCCCAAUUCGGCCUGCUCAGCCACGACAAAGUGUCCAAAUGCACCUGCCUUCUACUGUGAGCACCGCUCUUCAGUUAGGUCAAGAUGGAGGGAGGAUGUUCACAUCUUCUAGCCGACAAAACAUUCUCAUUCUCCUUCUCUUUCUGUCUUCAUUUAAGCCAUCAUUUUUUUCCCUUCUUAAAAAACACUAAUCGUGCAUUAUUCUAGUGAAAAGUCUGCCUGAUGAUUCCAUCGAUCCAGUGCAAUAUCAAUUCACCGCCAUUUUACCUGAUACUGUUACCAAAAGUACAUACCAUCUAUGUAAAGGGACCAUAAACAUAAAACUGUACAAUCACUUUCUUUACAAAUCGCGAUUAACUGGAGUUUUGUAAUAAAAAAAAAUAAUAAAAAAAAUAAAUAAAAACUUUUUAAAAAAUCGACUGUUUUCUAAAAUAUAUGUUACUGAAUGCUUGUCUACAUGUAACACUCAUAAUGUAUCAUGUCAUGUUUGGUGUGUUUGUGUAAUCUCACCUUCCUGUCUUUACAAGACAUCAGCAGUCAAAAGUUUGUGCUCAUAGAAUGGUUUUGUCUUUUUUUUUGAACUAAUAACACAAUCAUGAGGAGAACAGAAAAAAUCCGAAAUCAAAAAUAUUUUAGCAUUUAAAGGCCUCAUGAUGGAGCUUGAGACUUUUCUGAAGGUUCCCAAAUAACCAGGAACCAAGAAACUCAGUGCUCGACUGAAAUUCUGACAGAAAUCCACUUGUUCAGGGAAAUGAUUUCAUUUUAAUUGAGAAAUAAACUGAUCCCUGAGCACUGAACGUCAAAGCUGUAUAAACUUUUGACCGCUAGUGUAUAUCCAAGCUGUAAAACUCUCUCAGCUGCUCAUCUGUCCUCAGACGUGACAUGAUUUUCUCAUAUUUAUACUUCAAAAUUCACCUCUUCUCAUCCAAUUGCAUCUUGAAACAUGUUAUAAUUAAAGUCAAACCCUUUAUUAUUA